AAUGCAAAUGCAAUUGGUAGCUAUAUAAUGCCAAAAGUCGCCUGAAUACGUCUUAUGGAAUAAACUAUCCAAUCAAUUCUCUUUUAAUUGUCAAAGAAUACUUCUAUACGCCCAACUCGCCAUUGUGGUUGACGUUGUAUCCAAUUGUCUUCGUCCAAUUAGUCAAGCCGGGCGGUUUCCGAGGAUCAUCAUACCACCCUUACAUGACAAGACAAUAGCUAGCUACUCCUUACAGCAGCGAUCCAGAAACGAAGCCGCAUAAAACCAGACUGAUCACCAUACCCCGCGUCCAUUGUCCCCGCACAGCCAACACUUCAGUUCAGCUCAGCUCAUCGUUCUAUUCCUGUUCAUCUCCUAACAUUACUGGAGACAUCGGGCGCAUCGAAGACAAAGCAUAAACCAGACGCAUCCUAAGAGACCAAGCCCAGAACACCAGCCAUCGACACAUAUUGCGCAAAUUUAGCAGAGGGAAAGAAGUGAAAAAAAAAAUGGGCUGGCUAUGGUCAUCAGGCGCUCCUGCGUCCAAAAGCAACGCCGCAGAACCAACCACUCCCAACAAUACCAUAGUCACAGAAGCCCGACCCGUUCCAUCGAGGGCGGCUCCCGUCGAAUCUACUACGUCCGACGACCCAGAGAUCGCGAAGUUCUUGGCGCAGAUACAAGCAGAAUUCGGAGACAGCAACAACACUCCCAAACCCGCCUCUGUCCAAGAAUCAAAAGCCACAAAUCCAAGCCCACCCACAAAGUCGUCAUCAUCAUGGUGGUCAUCCUGGACACCAAGCGCCGCCGCCCAAGAACCCUCUCCCCCACCCACACUCUCCCCCCCGCAACCAUCAUCCCUCCCAGCCCGUCUAGACCCCGUCUCCGAAUCGCUCUUACCAACAACCAUGUCCUGCCGCCAGGCCUUCGACCACGCCUUCCACUGCAACAGUCUCGGCGGCCAAUGGACAUCAGUCUACCGCUCGGGCACCGUGCGCUCCUGCAGCGAGCAAUGGGACGACUUCUGGUUCUGCAUGCGCACGCGCGCCUACACGGGCGCCGUCAAAGAAGAGGCCAUAAAGGACUACUACCGGCAGAAGGAGCUGCGCAAGUACGGCCCCGGGAUGCCGAACAGCACAGACGUCUGGGAGCCGCGGGCCGAGCGGCUACCGCCGGGCGCGGCGUUCCAGGAACGCUACGAGAAGCCGGACAUCAGCGACGAGGAGUGGCGUCGUCUGGAGAUUGAGCGGCGCAGGAUGAUACAGCAGAAGCUCAGGGAGGAGGAGGAAGGGAGGAAGUCGUUGUCGUCGUCGUCGUCGUAGUAAAUAAUGAAUGUAACAAAAUAGUAAUUAGCUUCGAAUGGCAAAUUUCAAGUCAGUUAAGUCUACCACGCGGCCAUCAUGCUCUCCUUCGGUGUCAACGAUGUUAAGUUCAAUGCUUCUCUCGUUUCCUACAAAUUGCAGUUGUACGCUGUGUUGUACCCUGACUAUGCCUAGGCAUUAAGUAAAGUAUACAGCCAUGAUAAUGCUAGCAACACAGCUGCUGAAUCCUUGUAUAAGCUAACAUUGGGGGUCCCAGAAUAGGUGAAUGCCCUAUAAAUCGCAGGAGACUUGAUGUUGUUUAACGUACCUACAACAAUAUAAUAAACUUGUCGUACGUAUUUAUCAAAUGUCACAUUGAAGAGAGAAAACAGGAUUAUAUGAAAUUAUUUCUUCAUUUACUUCAUCAGGGAUGAAUCGAUACUAAGGUAC